AUUUGUGAACCAUUCAAUCGUGGGUCGGUUCAAUGGCAACUAGUGUUGUAAUAACGUUAAAAACAAUCGAGACGAUAUAUUUUGUUUGAGUUUAUUAGUGAAGAAACAUGUAUCGUUGUGUCAUGAUAUUUUUUAUUUUAUAUUAGUAACAAAGUGAGAAUGUGUGAUACGGUUUUGUAAGAGAUUGCAUCCUAUUCGCUGACUUUAUUUGAAGUGAACCGUUCAUAGAUAGCUGUUGUCGAUAAAAAUGACUGAAAUUAACGAAAAAAAUAUAGAAUUGGACGAUGUUUUGGAUAAGUUCGGCCUUUUCAGACGGUACCAUCUGAAGGCUAUUGCACUCGUAUUUCUGGCAUUUGUAUCAAAUGCAGCAUACUGUAAUAAUUUUGUAUUUACCGCAGAGAGUGUACAGUACAGAUGUGCGGACUCCUCCAGCUAUGGCUUAACCUGUGGAAACUUAACCCAAUCUUGUGGCAAGUGGGUAUACGAGGACUCAAAUAGUUUUGUUGCUGAAUUUCAGCUGGCAUGUCAAGAAUGGAAACGAACAUUGGUGGGAUCAGCGCACAGCUUCGGAUACAUGCUCGGGUUGCCUUUAGUUGGUUUCUUAUCGGAUAAAUUAGGAAGAAAAACUACAACUAUAUUGACCGGAGUGCUCGGUGGAAUUUUCGGCAUAUUAAGAAGUUUUUCACUAUGGUAUUGGUUCUUUAUUGCAAUGGAAUUCUUGGAAGCGUUUAUUGGGGACAUUUGUUCUCCCAUAUAUGUUCUUUCUCUGGAAAUGGUGUCAUCCAAAAAGCGCUUACCGUUUAAUAUGUUAGUGUCCCUUGGAUAUCCUUUUGGAGGAGUAGCUCUCGGGUUGGUAGCUUGGCUCUCUCCAAACUGGCGGUGGACACUCAGAAUCCUCUACACACCAGCAUUGCUAUUCAUAUUUUACAAGUUCUGCCUCAAAGAAAGCCCAAGAUGGCUUCUCUCGAAUGGAAAGAAAGAUAAAGCAAUUGAUAUCUUAGAAGAAGCUGCAGAAUGUAACAAGAUCAAGUUGGAUAGGAGUAUGCUAGAGCGAAUAUCUUUUCCGGAAAACGAGAAUGCGAGUUUCAGAGAAACCUUAAAACACACGUUAAGUUCCAGCAAACUUAGAACAAGAUUUUUCGUAUGCGUAGUGUGGUGGAUGACAUGUACUUUUGUGAAUUACGGUUUGGUAAUCAAUUCCGUUUCAUUGGAGGGGAACAGAUACAUGAAUUUCAUUUUGACUCAGUUGGUUGAAUUGCCUGGAAUAUUUAUAAUUACCUACGUGCUGAUACACUGUAAGAGGAAAAAGCCGUUAAUCCUGAGUUUCCUCGCGGGGGGAAUGUUGUGCGUUGUUCAUCCGUUUAUACCUAAAGACCUAACUUGGGCUUCAACAACAGUGUACAUGUUCAGUAAGCUGAUGUCGUCAUUCUAUUUCAGCAUUACAUAUCUUUACACUUCAGAACUGUUCCCAACUUAUAGCAGGAACUCUAUGCACGCCCUUUGCUCCUCUUUGGGAAGAACUGGGUCUAUUUUGGCUCAGCAAACACCGUUGCUCAUGAUUUACUGGAAAGGAUUACCAGCUAUUGUCUUUGGAUCAGCAUCUUUGAUCGCUGGUCUGCUAACAUUGCUUGUACCUGACGUUGCCCAGGAUUCUUUACCUGACAAUGUGUCGCAGGCAGAGGCUUUGGGAAAAACAAAGGGGAAGACUGCUCUCAAAGAGAAAUAGAAAAAUAAAUUGAAUAAUUAGAGUUUCA